UUAAUGACAUGAUUUGGUAGGAUGGUGUACAUAGAAUACACUGAUAAUGAUGGAAAUGGGGGAACAUGCGGUGCAUCAGUGAUAUCUAGUAAUGUUUUAUUGACGGCGGCCCACUGUGUUUUCCUCAACGCAACUAUUGAGGUCAUUCUAGGCCAUGUGAAGAUUAAAGAUGGUGCAAAGCAUCCAAUCAAGAAGAAACUUGUACAUCCAGAGUUCUUCAUGUACAAUCGCACCAAGCAUUUGAACAAUGAUAUUGCUCUACUCUAUGUCAGUCCAAAGAUGAAUAUCACUCCGAUAUCAAUUAUUAAACCAAGUCAACAGGUUGGGCAUCUAGAACAUUUAUAUUAACCCUAUUCCUGCU